CCGGGGGAAGAGCCGGGCCCAGGCCGAGCGGAGCUCCGGCAGCGGCGGCGGUGGCCUCCCUCUCUCCUCUCCUCUCCCUCCACCGCCGCGGUUGCUCCGAGGGAGCGAGCGCGCACGCAGCCAGGCAGCCAGGCUCCGCCAGCAACAAGUGCGGAGGCAGGCGAGGGAGGGCGAAGGCUGACGUCAGCGAGCGGAGUAUUAUGGUCUGGUCUGGGCUGGCCGCCGCUGCUGCUGCCGCCGCCGCCGCUUUCCUGCUGCCCGCGGCCGAGUAAACAUGGAGCUCUCCGCCGUCGGCGAGAGGGUGUUCGCGGCCGAGGCCUUGCUCAAGAGACGCAUCCGCAAAGGUCGUAUGGAAUAUCUUGUGAAAUGGAAGGGCUGGUCUCAGAAAUAUAGCACCUGGGAACCUGAGGAAAAUAUUCUAGAUGCUCGUCUGCUUGCAGCUUUUGAGGAAAGGGAAAGAGAAAUGGAACUUUAUGGUCCAAAGAAACGAGGCCCCAAACCCAAAACGUUUUUGCUAAAGGCCCAGGCAAAAGCUAAAGCUAAGACCUAUGAAUUCCGUAGCGACUCUGCUAGGGGAAUCCGGGUGCCCUACCCAGGAAGGUCCCCCCUGGAGAUGGGCUCUACUUCCCGUGCUAGGGAAGGACUGAGGCAAAUCCCAUUGCCCCCUCAAAGCACCUCCGCCACUGCUACCACCAACACCUCCCGAGUAGAGACCAUCCAGGAAAACAGGAUUGGGGCAGAGGAAGACCGGUCUGAAGCAGCCUUUAAAAAGCGAGGCCCCAAGCCCAGGAAAGAGCUCUACAAAGACCUGCCUGAAACGGCCGACGUUGCCUGCAAGCGGAAAUCGGUGGAACCAGGGGACAAGGCAGUGGCCGAUUACCUAAAGGCCAGGAAACUGGAAGAGGCAGCUAACCUGGGCGCAGCCAAAUUCAGUUCAGGACACAGUGUCAUCCAGUUAGCUCGGAGACGGGAGCCUGAGUUACCCAGUGCUGUCUCCAGCCCCAGGGCAGAAGCGGGCAUUAAGCUGUGUGCACCUGAGGCCUACCCCCCCAGGCUAACAAAGCACAGGGCAGAUUUCCUGGAUCCGAAAGGGCAAAGUAGUUUGGACUUGGGCGCCCCUAAGAUCUUGCACAGCUCUGCGAGCCAAGGCGGCUUAUACCGAGAUGGUAUAGGGACCCAGGCUGGCAGGCCUUCUCUCAUUGCCCGCAUCCCUGUCUCCAGGAUCCUUGGUGACCCGGAAGAGGAAGCUUGGAGCCCAUCUCUCAACAACUUGGAGAAAGUGGUAGUGACUGAUGUGACGUCUAAUUUCUUGACAGUUACCAUUAAGGAGAGCAGCACAGACCAAGGGUUUUUCAAGGAAAAGCGAUGAAUUCCCUUUUGAGAAGAGGAGGCAUCUAAAGGGUUUGGGGUAGAGGUUGUUGUCUGGUUCUGGAUUUUUUGUUUAUUGGACAGGAUUGGGGAAGGGGGAGGGGGGAAAACCUGUCCUUAACUCAUUCAUUUAGUCCCUCGCCACCAAUUUCAAUUUUGGUUGGAAAAAUUAUCUCUAGAGUUAUAUUUUCUAUUAGAUGUAAAUAUGUUAUUUAAAGAAAAAUACAUAUAUAUAUCUAUAUACAUAUAUAUUUCAACUCUUAAGUUGUUGGUUUUUUUAUUUAAGGCUCUUGGAGAAGGACAGUAAAAAAA